AGUGUUAGGUUCAGUUUCAUUGUGGCUUUUUUUAAAAAUUUGCAUUCUUUUAUUUUUGAAGUAAGUAACUUUUUUUUUCCCCUCGCCACUUCUUUUUUGCAUCACCAACUUCUGUUGUGGCUUUUUUUUUAAUCUGCACUGUUUCUUUUUUUUUUUGUUUGCAGUGGGCUUUUGUUUCUUUUUUUUUUUUUUUGCAUCGGUAACUUUCGUUGUGACUUCUUUUUUUUUUGCAUUCUUUUUUAUUUGCAGCAGUGGUGGUUCUCGGCCACCGUACAGAUCCACUGAAGCAGAAUUCACAGAUUAAUGCCUCAUGGUCACAAUGUGGCAUUCCUUGAACUCUUACUGUAGGCCUAUCAAUUUUUGACUGGCCACUGAGAAUAAUGUCACACUCCUAGUGUGUGAUCAUAUCUUACGUCUGAUGCAAUAGAUUUUGGAGUGAUUAAAUAUAGAAACUCCCAGUUGGGUAGGGGAGAGUGGGGUAAGAUGAGCCAUUUUUCAUAUUUUGGAUCACUCCAUCAAGGCAAUUAGUUUUGUCUCUAACUCGUGUAUCUGCAUAUUUUUCAAGAUGUUGUGCAUCCCUGCAAAUCAACAGAAUGAGUGUAAACAUAACUGUCUUGAUAAUAUAGCAUGCCAAAAAAAAGAGGUCUCGGAGCGGGGUAAGUUGAGCCGUAUCCCUACUACCCACCACUCUCCACCUCAGCUCUCCCUCACCUUCUCUCUCCCUAAAUAACAGUCACUUCUUCACAUUCAUGUGUAUUUUGAUCUAUUAUACACUAUUCAACUGGUACAAUAGUUCUUUUUAUUAUUAUUGCAUAUAACUGCUAAAAAGCUGUUUUGUAAAAAGUCAUUUUAACAUGAGAAUGUCUUUAAGUGAUUCAGAACAUUCACAGCUGUAUUUUUGGAAAGAAAAAGUAACACAUUUCAACGAUCUGAACUGAAACUCCGAUCCUCUCUUUAGACUCCUUUACUUUCUCAGUCGAGCGACUGGUUCAACUUACCCCAGAACUACUAUUAUGACUUUAUUAGUCCCCUAAGCUAAAAUAGUGGACUUUUAUGCUAGGUUUUUGACCUCAUGUUGUAGCUCAUAGAUACCACAAUUGAUGUAAAAACAAAUUUAAAAAGAUCAUUUUUGGUCUGAACACAAUUCUCAUAAAACUUAUGACAGACUAAAUUCACUUUCAAGAGUGUUUUUUGGAAAUAAAUGCCUAACCCCUUUACCCAUGUGCUUCUAACCUUCACAGACUCCAUGAAUUGAUGCCUAUCUCCAUUUGGUCACAUGAUCAAUUUCCUUUUACCAUUUACAAGCAACAGGGAGUGGAUCAACUUACCCCACUCUCCCCUAUCUUACGUCUGAUGCAAUAGAUUUGGGUGUGAUUAAAUAUAGAAACUCCCACUUGUAUAUAGUCAUGCACAAAAUCUGUUACACCCCUCCCUCACCACAAUGUAAUUCAGGCGCAUCUUUCAUCAUCCGAGCACAUUUUCAUGAUAGACCUGAAUGAAUGACUGAAUUACUAGUUACGUUAUGGGUGUUGGGGAUGACGCAAUCUGAGCUGGACCAAUCAGAGCACAGCCGGUAAACCACACCACAGCUGCCUCUGUUAUACCGACUAACGACAACGUCUCCAGAUACGGUUCAUCCUUCUGCUCUGGUGUUAGGGAUACCCCACCACUCUCCUGUAAGUACACCUCACGAAUAUGGGUUAAUGUUUUGUUUCAAGUGUGUAUUCUACAGCCACGGUAAAGCUGCUACUUUACCGUUUACCGGAGGAUGUGGUUGCAGCGGCUUGUGGCCACGGUUUCCAUCUGAUCUUGAUGCUGCUGUGGUCAAAUACGUUGCGUCAGCUGGAGCACGGAAAUGUAGCCACCAACCCUCUCUUAAGAAAAAACGUGUUUUUAUUUACAAAAAUUUACCGUAUUGUCACUUCGAAAUAUUUUUAACGUAGAAACAAACUACAGCAGUUUGUUUCCACCAGUGUUUGAAAAACCGCAUCUCAGUGCGCGCGUCCUGUGAGACAUGGUUUUCUGCAUCAAUGAGUGUCAAACGCAUUUCUCUAAAAACGUUUCUUCCAGCCACGUGGAAACUCUGAACGGACGAUAACCACCCCCUUUGCGCCUCGGUACCCUUCAUUAGAGAGAAAACGUAGUUUGUUCCGGUUUCAUUGACGUUAUUCGCCGGAAACAUGAGUCUCUUAAAAUAGGAUGUGAGGAAACCACCUGUAAGAUUUCAGCAACCGAGUAAAGCCAGCAGAUAAGUACCUCAUUCAGCCAAGUGAAACCAAAAAGUGCCAAACUGACAGCUACAUUUAAAUGAACUGUGAUUGUAAUACUUUUACAGCAACAAAAGAGUCCAUACCCUCCAUAUAACCCCCCACUCUCACCCUGCUGCACUGUGUUCCUGUCUUUACUAUUUGUUAUCUGUAAAUAAGAACAUUUAUCUUUUUAUAUAUAUAUUUAUUUGUUUGGUUUUUAUUCCACUACCACUCUACCUCCAGAAAGUGCAAUAUUACUCACCAUGCUGCUAUUUUACCCUUAAUUUUUAUUUUUUCUGUAUAUUAAAUUAAACACCAUCAUGCAGUGAUAUGGAAGCCAAGCAAUAAGAUUUCCCAAAUCGCGUACUUCCAUACUAAAUACUAAAUUGAGUAUACUAAGCAUACUAUGUACUCAAUCUCGCAGUGCGCGAGUUCUGAGGGUGCAGUGCUGUCCCAAAUCGCAUACUGCCACACGGCGCACUCACUGGAAAUUACAGAUGAAAAAAAACUAAAGAAAUAAUGACAUGAUAUGCUGCAGACAAACCUCUGUGCCUGAUACUGCUUCUAUUCACAGGCUAGCUAGCCUCGCUAGCCAACAAUAGCUGCCUUAUUUGUGAGUGUUUACGAUGCAGCCCUCCCCACGGUUCUAAUAUUAGCCUCCUCUACAGCGAAGGCUUUGCUGAUAUCGGUGCAGCAGACUGAGGCUACCAAGAAAACACUGCGGUGCGCGGUCAAAAUACACAGAUAAAUUAAAAUGUUGGUGUCAGUGCUUCUGGUCGUCAAGUCCAUGAGCAGGCUCGCUGGUUAUUUUUUAUUUGCCACGGGUAACACUUCGGAACCCGGCAGCUACUAGCGAACUACCAUUAGCAUUCAUGAUACUGUUUGCGGUAAAAGACAAAAAGAGGUUACACCACAAAUAUACUUAAAACAAUAAACACUGGUGAUGCUUGGUGGAAAGAACAUGUGUAAAAGGCACCUUAUUACUUACAUCUGUACAAAGCUCCCAAGUCGACUCUCGCCGACCCACUGGCAAGAAUGCCGUCCACAGCCAUCCAUACCAAUGAAAUGAGUCAGCGUGAGUGUCCAACAGUCGCAUACUCAAAAUCUUGACCGAUUUGACUACGUCAUCCUGAUACUUUUGCAUACUCAAUUUUUGCAUACUAUCCAUACUUUUUUUCCAUUUUGAGUUGAGUAUGCUCAAAAUAUUAAGUAUUUAGUAUGGAAGUAUGCGAUUUGGGACACAGUGAAGCCUAACAACCAAUGUUAAGCAACAUACUGAGCUAUGUACUGUAUUUCACUUGUAGUCUAGUUUUUUCCUCCUGACAAAAUGAACCUCACUUCAAAGUGCUUUGCCCCAGGAAUAGGCCUGCAGCUGCUGAUUAUUUGCUUUGCUGUUAACAUUUUUAGUCAUAAAAAUGUAAGAAAAUUCCCAAACAGGUUCCCUGUGCCCAAGGCGACACAGUCAUUUGUUUUGUCUUUUCUACAGAUUGCAUUAAAAUAAAAGAUGAAAGAAAGGACCGGAAGGACAAAAGGGUUCAAUAGUUUCUCAAUAAUAUAUUACAAGAUGCAUUUAUUUAAAUAAAGUUAGUCCAUGACCUGGUGCCAAGCCCUUCUGGGAUAAACGAGGCUUUAUAUGUAAACCAUAGACACAGAGCAGACUAAGUUUGCUGUUUUGAUUCAGGUUAUUUAUUGACACUUGCUCCUCUUUUCUGUUCGUAACAAAUAUAUUUGCACUCUCUCUGCAGGACUUCUUCAGUUUCUCUACCUGUUUCACUGAGCAGCCAUCAUCAUGUCUAAAGGCACAGUGGUUCUGGCCUACAGCGGUGGACUUGACACGUCCUGUAUUUUAGUCUGGCUGAAAGAACAGGGCUUCGAUGUCAUCACAUACAUGGUAAGUUUCACACACAAGUGUUUUUUCAACAGUUGUCCGAGUUUGUGCUUCCUGCCAGCUGCUUUAGCUUGGAAUGUAUCUGUGAAGUUUUGCAUUAUGCUGCAGUUUGACAGCUGACGCAACUCAUCAACCAGUAUACCUGUCUGGUCUUUACAACCAGUUGGCUCCUAAAUGCAGGAUUCACUGUUAUAAUGCCAGCGUAGAUCUGACUGGAUUAACUUUUUGCCCUGUGGCAGUUUUGAACUGCAUGGCAUGCAGAUUUUCCUGUUGUCUAACGUUUCAUUCAAUAGUUUUGCAGGUCAGACUUAGGGGGGGAUGGGCGAUCGUGUAUAGUUCACUGCUGUGACAUUCUAGGUGAGGCCCCUCCACAUGUUCAUGGCCUCUGCCCUAGAGAGGAAGCAGAGGAAGAAUGUGAAGCACUGAUCCAGUUUUUAAACCUUUUUUGAAUAAUUCAGAAAUAUGAACACACGCGCUGUCAGGCAGAUUAAUUCCCUACAAGUAUUUGCACGUGUCAUCCUCUGGACUGUGGCGUUCAGCAAUGAAGUUUUACCAGCUGUUUAUCAAUUAUUAGUUGUUAAUCGCUCUGAAAGAAAAGAGAUCAUGCAGCUGAAAUGUCAUUAUCACUCAGCAGUAAUUCACAAAGGUCAGAAUUUUACACAAUAGAGAUACGAUGUAAGAAAAGCAAAGUGCAGUUUUAUUGCUGCUACUUUUUAAACAGCAUUCAUCACAGAACUAGACGAUUAUCCUUGGAGGGGAAAGUGGCAACUGAUAUUUUACAAGAUCAAUAUCAUGUCAAGAUCUAACUCACUCGUGUUCCUUUCAGCGGAGUAUGAGUGGAGAUCAGACAGCCUACUUAAGCCCCGAGGUCGUAUUCAUGCUGAGUUUGUACUGGCAGGAGGCAGGAUGUUACAUCUCCUCAACAGAUGUGAUCUAAUUUACAAGAUGAUGGACUGUCACAGUUACAACUUACACAAUCACGAGGCUGUUUACAUGCAGAGGCUCUGAAUGUUGUUCUAAUCUGAAGUAACUGCAUAGACUGUAAUGUAAAUAUUUAUGUAUUACUGUUAUUCCAAUAUACUUGUAACACUUGUGUUUGAUUUAAACUAUAUAUCUGUGAUUUUUCUGCCCAGGCCAACAUUGGGCAAGAGGAAGACUUUGAAGCUGCCCAGAAAAAGGCAGAAAGCCUUGGUGCAAAAAAGGUAAGAUGCAGGAAUAAAAAAAAAGUGGUGUUGCCUCAAAGACUCAUUAGUACUUUUUGCAUGUUUCUACUCAGCCUCACUCUUGUGCAAUAGUUGAGUUUGGCAUUUUAAACCUUCAGUAGACAGUUUUCAGGAUUCUAGGAGAGAGAUAAGUGCUGAAAGGGAACAACAAUCUUUAACCAUAAAUGACUGUUUUGCUGGUCAGACUGAUGUUUGAUGAGGAGUAACAUAAUGACUGCAACUACCACGUUGCCAAGAUAACAAAUAAUCCUCUUCCAGCAGCUGUCUAAACAUUUGGCAGAGACACCGAAUGAAGCUGAAAGGUCUCUGCUGAGGAAAAUACCCGUGCAAUCUUCUAAAAAUGUCUACUAUUGACCCUUUUGUAAGAUUUUUUACACAUGAAAGAAAUUUUAAUUUGAUUGCCACUUGUCAAUCUCUGCAAAUACCUGGAAAUACAAAAACACACAACAAAAAAUAACCUAUAAAAGUGUCUUUUUAAUCAUUAGCACUUUUGUUCAGGGAAAAAAACAGGAGACUCUUGUAGAUGAUUGACUGAGCACCUAGAAACUAGCUUACAAAUUAUGGUACCAGAUCUGUUACCAAAUUUAUCACCAUAUCUGAGACAUUCAUAUUUCUGAUAUUAGGAUUUAAGUUACUUCUUAUGCGCAUGAUACAGCUUAACUUUUUGAAGACCCUUACUGUGAAUUUGAAGUGAAUUUAGUCCCAAAGAAAAAGAGAAUUCAGAAAGUUUGACUGCAGUGACAUUCAAGGCACCAAGACCCAUUCUUUUUCUGUGAAGCCUCCAAAUUUGCUUACUGUUGGUCUUAGAAACAUAACUCCUUAAUCUGACCAAAGGCAAGUUUCAAGCCUAGACAAGUACAAAGUCAUAGUGUGCUUAAAUGGCUGGAAAAAGUAGCUCUGUCACUCUGAUUCAUGAGUGAGCAAAGGUUUCUGCAUUCCCAUCACAUAGCUACAGACAAAGCUCCUUUUCUGCAAACAAUCACCGUUUAUUUCCUCUCCAAGAAAGAAAAGGCAUCAUGAAUAAUUCAUGAGAUAUUUUAAAGCAACUCCAGAGAGAAAACAAUCCACGAUUUAACAGUAAGUCCUGUUUUGUGUCCUGGCUUUGGCUCCUGUGUAGGUGUACAUUGAAGACCUGCGUGCAGAGUUUGUGGAGGACUUCAUCUGGCCUUCAGUCCAAGGCAAUGCCAUCUAUGAGGACCGAUACCUGCUGGGCACUGCGAUAGCAAGGCCCUGCAUCGCCCGCCGUCAGGUUGAGAUUGCACGCAAGGAGGGGGCCAAUUUCGUCUCCCAUGGUGCCACAGGAAAGGUAAACAUGACACAGGACAAGAGACUACGCACUGAGGAAAUAGAAUGCAGUGACACCUGCUAAAAACUGAAUCGCUUCACUCAAACGAAAUAUAUUAUUUAUAUUUUCUUACUAGUAUUUUAGGAGAGGGACUGAAUAGAUACUCUAAUUGAAUAUGUGGUAACAUGCCGUGUGCCUGAUCUACAAGUAAGCUUCAGCCAGACUUUUUCAAACACAAAUGAGGUCACUGUCCAUAGUCUGGACAUGAGGAUUAGGCCGUGUGUUUGCAGGGUUGAACAUUAACUCUUUCAGCUAAACUGCAGCAGUAAUCCAGAAAUCUCUUUUCGUCAGAGCGACAACACCCCCCCUCAUCCCCACCCCCUUAUUUGGAAACCAUGAGCUUCUCCUUUUGAGUCAUAUAACCAGUGAAACCAAACCGAUGCUUCUGGCAAAAACUGAAACAGAUGUCAACCCCUUGAGUGCCUGAGCCUCUGGAUAAAAUGAUAAAUCACUGCAGUUCAAAGUAAAAUGCAAAUAUGUUUUUGUACCCUGGAGGCCUGCCAAGGGCUUCUCCGACAAUUAUGAGUGACUCUGACAAAUAUUAAACAUGUUGGUAUCAUUCAAAGUUCGUUAACUAAUACUUGUUAAAAAAAAAUCUGUGCUCCCUGAGGACGUCAGUUGUGUUCACGUUUUCAUCCAAAUCUGUGCUAUGAUCUUGUAUAAUUCAGACAAAAAUGCAUACAUAUUUUACUCAGAUGAAUGUCAAGUUUACUUGACAAUCUGCGACAGAGUAAUGCAAUUUAUUUUUAUCUGUUAAGCUAAUUAAUCAUUGUGUGAAUGUUAAGAUGUGUAGAAGUUGAAACUCUGAUGUUGUCUUUGUGCUAAAAAGUAUUAGUAUGAUUUUAGGUGAUUUAGAAGUACCUGAAAUAAUUUUCAGUUAGUUGGCAUUUAAUGUAUUUGAUAUUUUGGGUAUUUCAUGUAACUUUCAAAUGCAUUGACCUGAAAAUAUUUUAGCUAACUGUCAGUGUUCACGUUUUUCCUGUAGGUGGAGACAUACACCAGAUCAUAAGGUUAAAGAAUAGCUCCAGUUACUUGUCAGAUAUCAAGCCUUGCUUUGACUCUGCAUUAAAAAUAGUUUAAUUUAUUAGAGAGACAGUUCAGAUGUUUCAACUUGUUCCUCACAUACAUAGUUCACACAUAACCAAAUUAUACGUAACCCAAUAAUCAUGACAAUCCCGAGAAUAGUGAAAACACCUGACAUGAGAUAUGUGGAACUAAUUGGUCAUGUUUGUGUUUUUAUAUUUUUAGGGCAAUGACCAGAUCCGUUUUGAACUGACAUGUUACGCCCUCUACCCUGAAGUCAAGGUAAGUUUGCUGUUUCACUGUAAAGUUUCAUGGAGGUAAAGGCGAGUAAGUGUUUGGUGCUCUAACUCUGUCUGGUUGUGUUCAGAUCAUUGCACCGUGGAGGAUCCCAGAUUUCUACAACCGCUUCAAGGGGAGGACAGACCUGAUGGAGUAUGCACAGGUACCUCAGCAGAUGGUUACUGUCAAAAUCACACAAAAAAAAAUCAUAUUUAGUCCAUCAGUGGUUUUUGACAUGUUUUAUUUAUUAAUGUGCAGCCCUGAUAAAUUUUAUGACCCCUUAAAAAGGAAGCAUCAAUUUUUAAAUUUUGGCACAAAACAUUUUAUUUCAAUUAAAAUGUUUGGGUCAUUUUAAAGCAAUGUUAAAAAAAGAAGUUUCACGUUUUAAUUAAACAAUCGGAAAUACCUGUCAGCAGUUUUUUUUGUUGCAAAAAUAUAGUUUUCUUCCCUGAAAUUAUUCCAUAAAUUAUUUUAAUUUACCAUCUGAGUAUUUCCUGUUAUUAUUCUGUAUUGCAGUUUGAAUCAAAUGACUAAAUGAAUCCCUCAAAGGGCAGUUUAUACAGAUUCAAGACACAAAAACGCAUCAGCAAUAGAUUAUACAUUAGUGCUGAAGGAUGAAAUGAAAACUUAAAUAAAUGCUGAUAUUUUGUAGACCAAAAAAUGGGUAAAAGUCGAGAAAAGCUGUAAAAACACAGAGGGGAUAAAUAAUUUAGAAUAUUGUUUUGAUCGGUCUUAAAUUUAUGUCAGGCUUCUCUUUAUGUUAAACCUUUUUCUUGUUAAAAUAUUUAUAACAAGAUUUUAAUGAUUUUAGAAUUAUUAUCAAGUCUGUUAAAUUUAAGUUCUGUGGCUUAGAAUAAGUACACAUGUACUGGCUUUUUCGAUCUCGUGGAAGGUGAUAUGGACCUAUUUUCACCACUAGAGGGCGAUCAUGAUUUUUUUUUAAAUUCAAGACCACUCUCCGUUGGCCUGCGGAGCAUUUGAGAAACAUGCAAUCUGAAAACACGGAAUUGUUGGCUCCUACUUUUUGGAAAUACCCUCCCCAAAAACCCCAUCUUUCUCCGUUGAUUGUUUUGUGCUCUUUACUUCUGACUCUUAAAGACAAAAGCAGUGUAGGGAAAGAGGCUUUUUUGUUACGCAGCAUGUCAAAAACCAGCCGCUAGAAAUAGUUUACUUCACUCCUUAUAUUCAGAACUUUUUUCCAAAGAGACGCAGAGCUUUAAUUUAAAGUCUCUACAUUUACCUGCGAGUGCAGUAAGCUUUAAGGCAAACAGUAUGUAAAAUAACAGCUUUCUCUGUCACUCUGUAGAAACAUGGCAUCCCUGUUCCCGUUACUCCCAAGGCGCCCUGGAGCAUGGAUGCCAACCUCAUGCAUAUCAGGUGGGUAGAACAAGUGCAUGGUGCCGUCCUCAGCUCCUUGUAUGUUUUAUGAUACACUAACAAGACACUGACUUUAUUUUUCUUCGUUUGGUUAAAGCUAUGAGUCCGGUAUCCUCGAGAAUCCUAAGGUAAGACCAGUUACAGUUUUCCUCUCUUUCCCUUACCGCUACUUUAGCUUCUGACCUUUUUGGUUUGUGGGGGUUUUAUAGGUAAAUGAGUCAGUACUGAAACCAUUAUCUAUGUAUGUGAAACUGAACCACUUUCGGUUACUCAGAUCUGAACUCUGAUAUGAAUAAGCGCUGGUUAAAUUCCCAGAAAGAAACUCCUCUCACAUUGAGUGUGAAUUCUAUGAAUCACAUUUGAGAUUCACUGUCAAUACUGACUGACAGAUAAUGCACGCCUGAAGAGUUUCUGGUCAAAUCUUUUGGUUGUUGUUCAUGAAAGUCUGGGCAGGUUAUCAUCUACAGAUCUGAACUGUGUCUUCAGAGUAUUUCUAACUCGAACUAAUAAAGUACAAAAAAGCGGUUAACGGCAGAAGACUUGGCAGAAAUAGAUUUUGAAAAUUCGUGCAGUUGAUUUUCAGUACAGUAAAUAUUUCCUUUGUCACUCUCUCAAGUGCACACAGCGAUUAUUGUCCAUGUCCAUCCAGCAGUCAGAGGAGUUCUCUCACAUUUUUGUACAGUUGAAAAGUAUAAUCCAUCUUUAUUGAGCGUUAAAAUAACUCAGCGGUAGGGCUUCUCUUCCCUCUGCUGACCCAUGCCAGUCCCACCAACGACAAACACAACUCACUCUCCCACAGUGCCAUGGGUGAGCCAGAGUUUGAUCUCUGCUGGGGUCAGAGGUCAAAGCUGUACAUACAGGUUGCCCUCAGUGACCCCAAAGCUCUCAUCCUCAGUCGCUGUGUCUGUGUCUAUGUCGCUCCUCACCCCGGGUCCUCGCUGGGCCCUGGGAAGAGCCUGGGACACACAGACACUGACUUGUCGUCAGCAACGCUUCGACUAAUUCCCGAUUUCAUGGGAGCCGGGGAGGGGGAAGGGUUAGGGCGUUGCGCCCAGCUGGGGCCUCCUGAGUUCCAGCCCCAACUCCUUGGGACCUCAUUGUUCCACUUGUUGCGCCGCCGCAGGCUGCAACGUGGGAGGGGAGCCACUUCACCGUGACACCGUGACACCAAAAUGUCACCAGUAACAGUAAAGUACAAAGACUGUGCACCAGACAGAUGAGUCUCCCAAUGGACUGGGUGUCACAGGGAGGCGAGGGGUCCCCCGCUGCUGGAGUGGAGAUGCAGGGGCAGGGCCACUGUAACUCUCAGACCUCCAUCUCCCUCGCUCUCUCGUCGUCCUUUUCCCACCCCUCCGCUGCCUCUUUAGUGGUCGGCCUGUGGAGAAAUGUUUUGAAAAGAAUGAGACCAACUGCUUCAAUGGCAUAGCGAUGCAUGAUGACAGUAUUGUGUCUGUGAUUUCAUUCAGGGGGUUUUGUGUCGGACUAUUUAGCCCAAUAUUGAAUCGAUUAUAAGCAUUAAAUACAAUGAAAUAUUUAUGGUGCAUGGGUCCAGAGUGGUAAAAGGAUUUGAAUACAUUACCCGGGGCACAGAAAUGAUAUUUUGAACUCUGAAUGAGCCGUAAUGAAGAGUAAUUUUCAGUAACCUAAGCCUCUGGUUCUUCUUGCAGUUAGUUUUUUUUUCUCAUGUAAGUUUGUUAAUUAGGGUCAGUCAAAACAUCACCACAACAACAUCAUGAAGCUAAGCUGUAAUUCCAAUUCAAACAUGAAUUUGAAUGCUUUCUUAAAGUGAAAAUUGACACAGAUUAUACAGUUAAUUAUAGAGUUAAUUGUGUUAAACAAAGCAAAGUAAAUUUCUCUGCUGUAUGCUCAAACAAACACGACAGAUUCUGAUCAAUCUGAAAGGCCAUCUCUAAGAGGUCAUGUUGUUUUUAGUAUCUCCUCUCUGUAUCAGCCUCUGCCCCUCCUCUGGUUACAGCCCUAAAGGCUCAAGGCGGACCUCAACUAUUCAAACCCCCCCCCCCCCCAAUCGCCCCCUACCUGUGGUACAAAGGCCCCUCUCUGCAGCCAGAUUAGGAAAUGUCCGAGUGGUCGCUCAUAUGUUCUCCUGUAGAUAAGAGUCGGCAGAGUUCAGGUUACUCUAUGAUUAACACUGUAUCCUUCCUGAUAACCCUAAACCAUCCUGCCUAUAGCACAAUGGCCAAGUGACUUUUAUUUACUCACCUCCAUCUGCUGAAGUUAACCUGUGUGAAGACAUGCGGCCAGGACUGUAUCAGCUUACUGUCACCAGGUUUAUACAGACACACUCAGUACCAUCAGCAUGAACAAGAGAAAAGCUGCCGUCCAGUUACAGACAAAUUACUGUCACACAAGAUCCUCUUAUGUUAAUACUGCUGUGCCAGUAUCAGAUUUGCCAGCUAUGUGUUUUAAUUCAGAAUAGGGAUGGGUGAUAAAUUAUCAUUCAUGAUAUAUCGUCAGAAAAAUCCUCCAUGAUAAAUAUUUGCCAUCUCAUAAUAAAAACUAGGGGUUGGAGAAAAAAUUGAUACAGCAUAGUAUUGUGAUAUUUGGUACAGUGAUAUAUCGUAUCGUCUCAUCGACCAAGUAUCUAUUUUUUUUUUCAAAUUGAUUUUUAAUAUGAAGUCAAAUCUACAAUAAUGGAAAACAUGAAAUCAACUGUUUGUCCAGUGAGGUUUGCAGAGGUGACAUCAUAGAGCAGGACAAAGUUAGUACAACAAAAUAUAAACAUUUGCUAGAUGUGCUACAUGAAAAUAAAAUACUGUGUAAAUAAGACAAAUAUAAAGGAAAGACAAAUGCUAAAUCAGCUAAACAGUUUGAAAAAAUUGUAUAGAUCGCAAUGUAGUGUAUCGCAAUACUCACUGUAUCGCCAAAUGUUAAAAAUCGCAAUAAUAUCGUAUCCUGGCCAAAGUAUCAUGAUAAUAUCGUAUCAUUGGGCCACUGGUGAGUCCCACCCCUAAUACAAUAAAUGCAAGUUGAUGAGCGCGAGCGACAGACUCGCAGCCAUAGCCCACACAGAGCACAAUAACAAACAAACAUGUCUGGAGGUGAAUAAGAAGACUUUUUCUGAGCAGUUCGUUACUGAACAAUCACAUUAGAGAUUUCCUUUAAGAUUGGGGCUUAGAUGAGUGCAAUCAGAUAUGCUUGACAUCGUUCAGAGGAUCUGCUGCUGUUCAGCAAAUGUUGAAAAUGUUUUCACAUUUGCAAUUCUUUAGCCCAUAUCGCCCAUCCUUAAUUCAGAAACACCUUUACUAAAUUUAAUCUGACGGCUGGUGUAUGAAUACCUUCAUGUAUUACUACCUCCCACAAAAUGAGUACAAAUGCCAAUUGUUACUUGGCUCCACACGCUGCACUUCCUCACCACGUCCUCCCUCUGUCUCUGUCCCUCCACACUUGAGCAGUCAGCGUGCAGCCCGAGGCAGCCCGACACUCGUCCUGAGUCAUUAAAACAUCACCUCAGUCUUAAUUAUAGCCUCUGUCAGAGAGCUUCCUCAGGCCCACUUCCCUCUUUGAUCAGGGAGCUGACGGCUCACUGCUCAUGUUGACCAGGAGGAAAAGAGCGUAACACCAAGCCCCUGCCCACCUAGAGGAAAUGAAAACUUGUUUUCUGCCGCUGGCGUGGCCGGCCAGAGAGGUGGAUGGACAGAAGGUUGCCUGUGGGGAAAAGGAAGUGGACUUGUAGGUGUAUGUAUGCAUGUGAAUGUGUUCCUUGAAGCAGAGAGGUCACUGAUUGUCUUGUGCCUCCGUCGGCCUCAGGUCUGAUUGGUCUGACCUGUGACACUCGCAGAGUGCCUCCUCUGUUCAUCUUCACUGUAGCUUGCCUCGGUGUGGAAGCUCCUGUUGUCCUCAUUAAAUUCAGCUGAGGCGCCAACAUUAACCAAAACAUCCUGGGUGUUAAGAAUAUAAAUAUCCUUCAAGCCCAUCAUGCAUGUACUGUUUUAUUUUUGUCUCAAUUUACCAUGUUUGCAUUUUAAAGAGAAGGACAGACUUGAAACGUUGUGAUUUAAGCGUCAUUUCUGCCCCAUUGCGCCAAAGAUGUUUUUGCCAUCCUCUUCUCUUCUGUCUCCCUCUCAACUCUCCUUUCUCCUCCCUUCCUACCUCCCCCUCUCUCUCUCUCUCUCCUGCCACCUCUGCCUCCUUUGGCUUCAUUGGCUUCGAUUGAAAACCAAUGAGGCAACUAAUAUGUGGAAAGAUAGAAAUUUACUUGCUUUAAGUUCAUGCGUCAGCCCUCUCCUUUGCUGUAUGGGCCGCGUUUAGCACAACAAUAUGGCAGAAGCAAAGGCUGCCAAAGGAGCUGCUCUGUGCUACAUGGUGGUGCGCUUCAUGCCCCAUUUCCCACCAAUACCCCCCUGUCCCCCGCCUCCUCUGCUUCUACCUUUUCCUCUCUUUCAGGGCCAUGGCUUUGGGACAGGUCCACCUGCAGGGGGUUUGAAUUGAAAUGCAUUGAUCUCGCUCUCACUGGAAACAAGCCUAUCCCCCCCUCACCUUUUCUACUUCCUUCAUCUCCAAUUGGCUUUAAAUUUAAGCUCUCAUUCCUGGAGUAUGCAUAAUUUUUCAAACAAUGACUUGGCAGGAGGUAAAAAUGUGGAAAACCUUGUUUUUAAUUGUUUGGAAGCUGUUUUAUGAAGCUGCUCACUGCUAUAGUAGCACAAGUCAACCGCACUACAAAUAAAACAAAUCUGUAUACUUUUAUCCCCCUCACCUUUUCUACUUUCUCCAUCUCCAAUUGGCUUUAAAUUUAAGCUCUUAUUCCUGGAGUGUGCAUAAUUUUCAAACAAUGACUUGGCAGCAGGUAAAGAUGUGGAAAAAUGUGUUUAAUUGUUUAGAAAGUGUUUUAUGAAGCUGCUCACUGCUUUAUUAGCACAAGUCAACCACUCAACAAAUAAAACAAAUCUGUAUACUUUUACCCAGAGUGAAAGUUUAAAAAAAGUAUUUUACAAGAUUUCUUAGAUUAAUUAAUUUAUUCACCAGAUCUUAGUCGAGAAUGUAUCAAUAACAAAUGCAAUAAAACUUAAAGGCUGUGAGGAGCUCUGUCUGAUUUUAUCAGACGGUCAAAAAAGAUAACCGUUUGUUUACAAAAACACUACAUGAAACAUACACUUUAUGAUUCUCUGGUAUUUAAAAUUCAGUACAUCUUUCCCCCCUCAAAGAGUAUGCAUCAAAAAGCCUUUUAGGCAAGUCAUUUCGCCCCUCUUCUGCUCACUCUCAUUUGGCAUCUUUCAGGGCACUGAGGCAGAAAAUAAAGGAGAGGAAGACGGGCGCCUUCUCAGUCAAUUUUGGUGUUUAGUUAAAAGGAAGGAAAAUGAUUGCGCUGCUCGUUUUCUCCUCAGUGACAGGCGACCAGCAGAUGCCGAUUAGUUAUUGUAUGAUGAUUUAGUGUCUGGUAAAGCUUUCCAUUUAAAUGCACCCAGUAGUUAUUUUGCAUAGUCCCCCUGCAAUUUGCCUCAGCUCAGGAGACAUUGGCCAUCGUCUUGUCCUAAUGCUGUGUAAUUGUUGGAGGGCCACAUUGCUGGGCGGACACAUCAGACCGCCACGCUCUUUUGGAUCCCAACUAUGACUUCCUGAAAUCGUUCCCAGCUCCCACCAACUGGAAAACGACAAACGUCUGUCCCCUCGGACAACUUUGGUGUAUCUCGAGGAUAGAGUUUAAGGCCCUUUUAAUCAGAAUACUUCAUUUGCAAGUAAAUAACGUUGGAGAUGUCACAUCUGGGCAGUCUGGCAGGCGGGAAAAAGCUGCAGAGACAUGAUUAAAGUGGUAGAUCUGAGAUUUUUACAGAAAGGCAGAAUAUUACUGAGGUCUUAGUGUUGCUUGAAUAGGUUUUGACAUAGUAUCAGGUGUGUUUUGACUUGUCAAUUGUUCACUGUUCUCAGGGAUGUGAGUCAUUUCUGUCUUUUUGCCCUUUCCCACUCUCUCCCUCACUACAUCCCACUUUUCCCGCCUUCCCCCUGCAGUGAAGGGCCAAGCAGGGAAAAUGAAACCAAAUAGAGGAGAAAAAUGGAACAUUGAUUUUUUUUCUUCUUUUUUUUUGUCUUCACUCGGCUCCUGAUGGUGUUUUCAGGUUUCUCCUUUUUCACGCAUCACCCUCUCUUUUCUUCUCACCACAUCAUCUCCAGUUGUCGGUUACCACCUCACAAUAUUUCUCCUUCUGCAGUGCUCUGUUUCUGAUGAGGUCUCAGAAGGUCCUGGUUAUUGAACAAGGGGGUAAAAGUGUGUGAAAUGGAGAGAGUGAGUGUAUACUUCUUGUGCAUUUUUCAGAGUCAAGCUCCGGUUGACCUGUACCUGAUGACCAAGAGCCCUCAAGAUUCCCCCAACACCCCUGAUGAGCUGGAGAUAGAGUUUAAGAACGGUUCGUACACGCAAUUUUUAUCACCUGUUGAUUCUUCUUUUAGCCACCUUUUCACCAAAACAAUUGUCACCAUAAUUUUUAAAAUCAAAAUCUAUCUUAUUUUGUGUAUUUUAUUCAUACUCUAUACACCAUUUGGUUCUGUGACAUGAAAGCAAAGAACUGAUAUUAGAUAAUGAAUCAAAUUAAUAAAUUUCACUCAUGAUUUGAUGAUGUGUAUAAAUACAGUGCCUAGCAUAAGUCAGUACACCCCCUAUUAAAAGUAAUGUAUUACUCAAUAUCUAGAUGAGCAAAAGUACAAUUUCCAAAGUUCUGAGAAAGCUGAGUUUAACAUAACAUUGUAUUUACCCUAAGAUGAAAAUAAAGGUGAUACAGUAACUAAAAUUUAGCUUUGCUCCCAGAACUUUGAUUGCAUCCUGAUUUUAAAUUGAGUAAAGAAGACUUUUUUGUAUGCAACUUAAAAAAUCUUGUUUGCAAUCAGUGGCCUACAUUUUUGGGAGUAUUUAGUUGUAUAUUAUGGCAUAAAAAUGUUGAUUUUGAAAGGAAACUAAUGGUUUUCUAAGAACUCUGAAGAGCUGUACUCAUUUAUGCUGAGCACUAUACGUAUAUAUAUACUUUAAGAGCACAUGAUACUACUUAUUCAUCAAUAUGAAAAUUUUCAUUUUCACUGUAAACUGAAAAUGAACCAGCUGCAGUUUGGUGUCACCUUUUUCAUAUUUGUAAAUUAGAUCUGGUUCCUUUUGUUAAAUCCGAAAGAUAUUCUGGUUCCACGCUUGAUUAUGACCCAAUUUCAGAGCAAUUAUAUUUCAACGUAAUUUGCACUUUUAUUGAAAAAAAAAAUAGAUUGGUAACACCUUGAUGUACCCACCUCUUAUGAUGCAUCAUGAGUAUAUUUAAUAGCGUUAUAAAUGCAUCUAUUAGGCUUUAUUACACCCUUUUAUGAGUUAUUAUAAGCAUUCAUAACAGCUCAUAGUAAUUUUAAUGAAGUGUUAUAUGCACUGAGCAUAAUUCCUUAUAAAGGUAUCAAACCUUAAUGCAAAAGCAAGAACAACGUAUUUUGAUUUUCUAUGAUUCUCAAUUAAGAAAAUGUCUUAUUAAUACUCACAAUAUAGUAAAGCAUGAAGAGGUGGGUUUUGUAACACUUUAUUUGAUGCCUAUCUCUGUAAUGCAUUAUAAAUAUACGUAUAAUGCGUUAUAAUCUUGUUAUAGCACUGUAUAACUUUAGUUAUAAACACUCAUGAAUGAUCAUAAUGCUUUAUAGCAAUAAUAAUAACACAUUAUAAAGCAUUUUAUCAUGACUUAAAAGGUCAGGUAUUAUAAUGUGUUAUAACUGUUAACAACUCACUGACAAUGCCCACAUAGAUAUAUUUGUGAUGUGUUAGAAUUUGCUUAUAAACUUGUAUAACUAUCAUUAUAAACACUCAUUAAUCAUCAUAAGGCUUUAUAACCAUAAACAUAACACAUUAUAAUAGCUGACCUUGUAAGUCUUGAUAAAAUGCUUUAUAAUGUCUUAUGAUUAUUGCUAUAAAGCAUUAUGAUCAUUUAUGAGGGUUUAACUAUAGUUAUACAGUUCUAUAACGUGAUUAUAACGCAUUAUACAUAUAUUUAUAAUGCAUUACAGAGAUAGGCGUCAAGUAAAGUGUUACUGUGGGUUCAUAUAAGGUGUUACUGGUGCCUCAGUGAGGGAUCAGUCGAGUCAAUCCUCUCUCAGUCUCUUCAUGUUACUUAACAUGAUGCCUAUCGCUGCAGGGCUACAGCUUCUUCCCUGACCCGCUUGCACUUUAUCACCACUCCUGACCACCCAGACUUAUCCUUAACCCCUCACAGCAUUACUCGGUCCAGAGCUGCCAUGUUUAGCCCGGGGGCAUGCACGCAGGCCGGAAGCAUUAAGUCCAGCUAAUACACCAAGCCCUGAGGGGGGAGAGAAACGCUCAUUAGAUAUAUCGCCACGAGCUGAAAAGAGGAAAGUGUCGCAUGUUUGCGCAAAGAGAAAAUGGCAAGAAACAUCCAGGCCUGGGGCAAAUAGCACAGAUGUCCCUUCAUCCCCAGUCACUGGUAGAGCUUUGACAUCAAUCGGCUGAGAAACACUAGCCCCUCUGAUCACAUGGGUUUCACGGACGUUUUAUGAGCUAUAAUAAUAAUUUAGGGAAGUUCAGAAGGUUGGCUGAAGAUUUGGUGGGGAUUUUAUGUGACCAGACUGAAGUGUAGUAAAUUUUAAAGAAGAAUUCAGCCAAGGCUUUGCUGGAAUGUUGUUCAGCUUACACUUGACAAAUACCGUAAAAAAUGUUAAAGUAUAAAGAAGCAGGCUUGUGCCAGCUCAGUCGGAGAGUAGGGAAUCUUUGGUAAAACAGUGUGGCAGUAGUAAAGUCUGAUUUCGCGGGUUCUUUGCAGGCCUGCGCUCUGUUUUCACACAUUUUCCCUGUGCCUUUUAUUGAGCACCCUAUGACAAAAGCUGUUUUAGUUGUCCACACAAAAGCCCGAGCCUACUCCUCCCUCUGAGCACAAGAUCAGCACAAGAAUGUUUCAUUUCAUUCCCCCUCCCACCUUUUCAUCCCUGCCUUUCUCACCAAAGUUUUCUCACUGAUUAAAAAAGAAUAUUUAACGACAGGAACCUUUUCCCCCGUCAAACACUCCGUUCCCCCAUUCCUCUCCCUUUUUUUAAGGAAUAAAAAAAAAUUCAUCCCUCCCUCCUUUCAUGCCAAAGAAGUGCAGAGGAAAAAGAGACAGAGAGGAAAAAUGUAUAGCAGUAAUUUUUCCUACAACUGUGUCUGCGCUCCCAUUGUCUGCACUGUUAGGCUGCGCAAAACUGAAGAAAAGGAUCACGGGGAGAAAAAGACCCCUCAGUGAAUGAUCGAACCCGCAUGAUGGAGAGAGCGAGGGGAGAGAAAAAAAAAAGAGUGCGGGCACGGAAAAGGCCAGCCCCUACACUCCCACGUUCAGACACUUAAUUUAUUUGAACUUUUAAUCUAAUUAUUAGGUAUCUGGGAGGGGGCGCGGUUUACUAAUUCAUCAUCCAUACUGCCCUCUCCUGCACCGGGAGUUACUUUUCUUCUUCCAUGGGAGCCUCCGCGAUUCCCGCGAUUCGAGAAUGGGCCAUCAACAAAGCCCUUGUCUAAAAAUAUUUGUCAAGUCCUUCACGUGUCAUUCCUAUCGGGGCUUUGUGUGCGCUGGUUGAAAGGCAACCAGAAGUGCUGCUCCCCUCUUCAAAGCAAUUUAGGGACGACUGCGAGCGCUACACUGUGUAUAGGACUGAGCAGCAGGUAGUGGAUAUUUUCCCCCCUAUUUCCUCUCCUUAAACGCUUGCAUUACCUUCUCUAAACACACACGGCGUCAUGUUUAUUCCCUUCCCUCCACCUUUGGCCUGUGUUGUUAUUGAAGGCCUCGAGUAAGACCCCCUGGCAGUGAUUGAUGUGUACUAGAGAGGAAGUGUGUGUGUGGAUUGAACGUGAACGUCUGCAUUUGAGUGUAUUUGACAUAUUAAUAGAAAGAUGGCUGAUGAAUCCACAAGUGGUUUUGUCUCCUGCACAUGUGUUUGAACACACAAACACUCGGUGGCGCAAAAACUUCUCUGCACUAAAGAGAUUGUGGGUAAUAAAGCUGCGUGAGUAAUUCAAUUAGGUAAAGGCCUGCCCACGAUUUCACAGCUUUCAAACAAGCUGGGCCUUUGAAUUUAUUAGCCCUCCUCACCACCUCUUUUCAAUAGGUUGAUGACUAUUCAUUUCGGUGUUGAGAUAAUCACCUCUCCUCAACAGAAUUUACCAAUUCUUGACAGGUUUUUGACACUUUAGUCUGUUAGUUAGUUAAAAUCACCCAUCAGUCAGUUUUAAAACUGUAAACAAUACGGGUAGAGUCCAAGUAAAUAAUGAUUCUAGAUGUUUUCUGACAUGUUCAUGUGGAUAUAUUUGCUGCUGUUCUAGUGGUGGAUGAUACCAUGUUGUUAAAUCCACACACAGGUGCAGGUUAUUGUUUGACAAACAUUUGUUGUGAUGUGUAAAAUGUGCUUUAUGGAUGUCUCAUUUGCACACAGCUUUAUAAGUAAAACAUUAAAAACAGCAGAGGUAAUUAUGGUAAAGGAUACACAUGCAUGCGCAUAAUAUACUACAUCAGUAGUAUAUUAAGAGAAAUAUAGUAAAGCAUUGAAACUGUACUUCAGUAAUGUUUCAUACUGGCACCUAUUUAUGCAUGCUUUUUUAAUGUUAUCAACAUGUUUGCUUGAACUUGAUAGUUAACAGAUUUCUGCUCUGUUGCAUUAAAGCCAUUUUUAAGAUUUGAACAUUUUUUAAGAAUGAUAAAAUAUUGAUGUGUAAAAACAAUUCCUAGUUAGUGUGAAUUCAUGAAGAUUUUUCAACUGCGAAACUACUUUGACGGGGUCAUGAGAAUGUUCAAUAAAAUAAAGUGGUGAAACAAACACACAAUACUGUUAAAACUGUGCUGUUUGUGUGUCAGUAUAAUUGCAUGAUGAUAUUUUCCCUUUAGGAGUGCCUAUCAUGGUGACCAAUAUGAAGGAAGGCCAAUCCAAGACCUCCCCCCUGGAUAUCUUCUCUUACCUCAAUGAGAUUGGGUAAUUCUUGUUUUUUUUUUUUGUCCAAAUGCCUAAAUAAUAUUUAUUUCGACCCUCUUUGGCAUGUUUUCACCAAAGCCUCAGGAGUGAGUUGUGGUCAAGUCGAGUUUACCUUCUCUGUGUUGAUGCUGCCCUGGGCUUGAACUGUCUAAUAAGUGUAACAAACCCAAGAUGAUUGGUUUCAGGCCAAAAAGCUCUUUGGGAUAUUUUCUUGAUGCUGAUUUUCACUUUUUUUUUCUGUUUUUCUGUCAUUUUGUUUUAUAUAAAACACUAAAUAUAUUCUGGGUUCUUUAUUUUUAUUAAAGAGGUAUAGUCUGGAGCAAUUGUAGUCAAAAUUGUGAAUUAUGAAUGUCAGAGAUAUCUAAAAACUGAUUUUAGGUUUGACAUGUUCAUAUAAUAUUGUUAGUUGAAAGAUGAUUGUGUCAUGACAAACAGGUGAAAUAAGACUUUAUUUUAUCUUAAGGGUUCCUUUUGUGAACUAAUUCAACUCGAGGUGAUAUCAAAGUUUCAGUGUGUGCGCCCACUGAAGGUUGUUUUUCUGUCCGUCUCCGUCUGCAGUGGGAAACAUGGUGUGGGCCGGAUUGACAUCGUCGAGAAUCGCUUCAUUGGCAUGAAGUCCAGGGGUAAGAAAAAAGUUAUUUAAUGUAUUUUUGUUUAUCUUUCUUGAUUGUGUUUAUCUUCUAUUUGUGUUAAAUUUACCCGACAGGAUUCCUUUCUCACACAAACAGCGGUAUACACCCUAAACCCACUGAGACGGAUGUAUUUGUACUCACCGUGAAAUUCGUCUCAAUAUUUUAAUUUUAUAUCUAUUCAGAAGCUUUCCUUCCCAUAUCUCGGGCUUUCAAGCAAUUUGCGGUUAUUUUACAUGAGUGCUUUAAGUGUCACACUUGCUAUUCAACUCCUGUAAAAGGGAGCUGGAUGGCAAACACUCUCGAGAAACAAGAUGUUUUUUUACUCUGGUUCACCUGGAAUCAUAGACGCUGAAGUUACCUGCAUUCAUUUAUGCAUGCAUACACAUACAAAAACACGCACAGUGAAAAAGAUAACUGCACAUGCCUCACCGGAUCCUUUUAAAAACACAGUGGGUUUGAUAUUUGCACAUGCAGACACACAAUUGUUUUUGUCUUUUUAUGUAAGCUAUCAACAGGAGGCUUGAAAAGCUCUUUUGUUACGUCUCUAUGUGCCUUACAGCUGCUAAUACAUGAGAGCACUGAACUGUUGUCUUCAUGUAUGAAGCGCGCACACUUCCUCUUCUCCCCCCCACAACACCAUGCGCUGUGAUUGGCAAAUUGACUGGCCAACAGACUGAGGCUGUGGUGCAACUUGGCAGGUAGAAAUUGGAAAAUGGGAAGCCCACUUUUCUCUCCCCUCGGCUGAACAAAAGAUCAAAGCUUUUUCCUCCACUGAAGCAAUAGGAAGAGGUGGAGCACAAGGUGUCCAAGUGGUUGAAUAACUACCAUCGAGUGUACGUGUUGGUCUUCUUCCGGAGUGAUGGCAGUCAUGUCGGCACAAUAGAUGAUGGGUGGGAUUGAAUGGGGACAUGUCAUACCUAUUUGUGUUGGGUCAUAUUUAUUUGUGUGGGGUCAGGGGGGGCGGAGGGGAUUGAAAUGGUUUGUCAAGAAUGUUGUCACAGUGCUACAAAACAUUCAACAGUGGCAGACGAACAUUUCCCAUCUGUCACAGCGCUGUCAGGCCUCUGACCUGUGCAACAGUGAUGGUGUUUGCUGAAGAGAAACCAAAAAGCAGACAGAAGUGGCCAUUUCUUUUGACAAGAGACGGGCUGCAUGUUGUACAGAAACACUAAAACGUUCAAAAAAAUCUUUUUACAUUAUUUACUGGCUUAAUUUGUUUUUAUUGAACUAAAGUAAAUGAGGAAAGUGGGGCUGGGCGAUACGGGAAAAAGUUAAUCACGAUGUAUUAUCUUUUCAUAUCAGUCAAUAUCGAUAUAUAUCACGAUACAAAAAAAAUCACCUGUCAAUCAUAAAUGUUCCCUUUUGCAUUGCACAUGCUCUAGCACGUGGCACUUCUUCAGGUGGUGAAAAAGAUUUGAGGUAUUCCCCGACUUCGCGAGAACAUGUACUCGACAUAAUUUGCAGUGCACAUUACGCUGCUUCAUGUCUGACCUCAAAAAAACUAAAUACCUCCACACCACCGAUGCUUUCAUGCCAGUGUUGUCGAUGAUUUCAUCAUCUAUUGAGCCUUCAUCUGCAUUUCUGCCGGGGGUAACACUCUUUUUCUUUUUUUUCUCACCGACAGUGCUGUCGGCUUCAUGUGUUAAAGUGCUAUGGUUGCGUGUAGCUGCAGCCUGCCAAUACGCAGUUGUUUGCUACUUGGUUCCAAUUCAGCACACGAUUGGUUCAGUGCAAAGCAGACCCACAGCAACUCCCCUUUUCAUUGGCGAAUCGAAUAGUCUACCAAAACAUGGCAGAAUGCCUACUAUCUAAAAGCAUAUUUGACCGUAUUUUAUAUCGAUAUUGAGGGAAAUUAAUUCUCGAUAUAUAUAGUUUUCCUUUUAUUGCCCAGCCCUAGAGGAAAGAUUCACUAUCCUGGGAAGAGGCUGAAAACAUUGAUGGAUUCUCACAUAGAUCAUUAAUAAACUUACCGUGUUAUGUUUUUGUUCUAUCCACAGAUAUAGAUUUAACAUUUCAAUUAAAUUUGCUCUGAGGGCGUCUGAAGUGGAUUAAAUCUAACUUAUCAUGACGCAGCAAAUUCUUAAUUCAAACUUUGAGCUGCAUUUUUUAACUUGUGUUGCCUGUUAAUGCAGGACCAAAUUUCCCCUCAAGGGUCAGAGGGGAUCAGCACAAAAAGAAUUAAUGCCUGACCUGAACCCCUCCAGGCCUGCAGCAUGGGUUAGCAAACUUUCAGUACCUGUAUAAAAGAUUAAAACCUCAAACAGCGCUGGGGGUGUUGUCUCUUGAAGCUUAACUAAACUGCCACUGUCGAAGCUUACCCGGAUUGCAUUUCAUUGUUUGCUCCUCUCCGUUAAGCUCGCUCUCUUUCGGAGCACUUAAGCCAAGUUGUGUUUGAGGGCAGUUUUAACUUCUCACUCGAUCUGAUAGAGGCGACGGAAAUGUCCCUACGCGCCCUCUGUGGCCCCGGAUCACCAAAAAGCCAAAAGCAGUUUGAGCUCAGGUGGCAACCUUUGGAGGCUUAUGACAAUUAGCAGCAUUGCUGAGCUCUAUUUUGGGCAGCUAGCUCAAAGUUAUUCGUGCUCCUACAGUUCAGAUUAGACCGGUUUGUUCGAGAGUAUUUUAGGCUAUUCGGAUUUGAACCUGUCUGCUCAACAGGUUUGGAAAGAUCGAAGAGUUACAAAGUCGGGUGAACAGCGCACACGUUAUGAAACCCAGUUAGUUUGGAUAUAGCUGAAAUGAAGAAUCUGUCUGAGUCGAGCCAUCAUUCAAAUUGACAGGUGAUGAGAGGAACCAUGUAUUGUAAGGGGGGACCGGCACUUACCAAAAUAGAUGUCAUUGAUAAAGCUCCUAUUUCCGUUGUCAAAUCUGUCCGCUAGCAUUUUCCCCGACCCUUCUUUUGUUUUAGCUGACGUUUGAGUGACAGCUUCAUUUCUCCUGUCAUCUUCCUCGUCUUUUCUCUGCUCACCCCUCCUUCCUUGUCCAGAGGGGGUAAAUUGCAGGGUAGGCAGAACCCUGGUCCAGACUCCAGGCUGGCAGGGGCCUCCUACCCUGUCAUUUACCCAGGACAGGCUCAUUCGUGUUUUGUGAUGAAGGCUUGUCUGUCAGGUGGCUGACGGCUAAUCGAGCCGUUUCCUAUAGUUAAUUCACAAGAACAGGGCUUGUGUAUUAUUCUUGUAUGAAUGGCCUUUGAUGGUUAUGAUGGCAGUGGUGCUGCUGGUUGCACUUAAAUAAGAGAUGUACAGGAGGAAAUGAUAAAAACUGAGUAUUUUACCUCGGUGAUGUCCUGGAAUCAAAAAGCCAGCUGACUAAAAAUCAUCAUCAUCAUCAGUAAAUUUUGUUUUUAAACAGGAAAAAAAAAAAACUUACAGGCUGGUUAAGUCGCUUCAUUUCCUCACAGAGGUCUCUGUUUCUGUCAAGAAAACAGCCACUGUGUGUUCUUGGCAAUGAUUUUUUUUGUCUGUGCUUGUCAGGGAUAUAUGAAACCCCAGGAGGUACAAUCCUGUUGGCAGCCCAUUUAGACAUCGAGACCUUUACCAUGGACAAAGAGGUGCGUCGGAUCAAACAGGGUCUGGGUAUCAAGUUCUCUGAGCUGGUCUACAAUGGUAAGUCUAUGAAAAGUAACAUUUUUUUUUUUUUUUUUUUUAGUGGUGGUUGUGGCGUCUGUUGCUGCCUUUCAGCUCAAGCCAGGAAACAAUUUUAUCAGGGCAACAAAACAUCAGUAAUGAUGAAGAUAAGUUUGUGGUAACACUUUGCUUGACGCCUAUCUCUAUAACCCAUUAUAAAUAUAUGUAUAAUGUGUUAUAAUCACGUUAUAGCACUGUAUAAGUAUUGUUAUAAACACUCAUAAAUGAUCAGAAUGCUUUAUAGCAAUAAUAAUAACACAUUAUAAGGUAUUUUAUCAUGACUUACAAGGUCAGGUAUUUUAAUGUGUUAUAACUGUUAGCAACUCACUGACAAUGCCCACACGGAUAAUGCAUUAUACGUAUAUUUAUGAUGUGUUAGAAUUUGCUCAUAAACUUGUAUUACUGUCAUUAUAAACACUCAUUAAUUAUCAUAAGGCUUUAUAACAAUAAGCAUAACACAUUAUAAUACCUGACCUUGUACGUCAUGUUAAAAUGCUUUAUAAUGUGUUAUGAUUAUUGCUAUAAAGCAAAAUGAUCAUUUGAGUGUUUAUAACUAUAGUUAUGCAGUGCUAUAACGUGAUUAUAAUGCAUUAUACAUAUACUUGUAAUGCGUUAUUGAGAUAGGCUUCAAAUAAAGCGUUACCAAGUUUGUAUUUCAGGAUAGGUAGGGUUGCUUCAUGCUGUUGAAUUUGUGUUUUCCUGUGCUGUCAAAUGACAAAUUACUAAAAUGUGAAGCACUCACUAAAUAUUUGUAUCAAGAUUAAUUUCUGUCGUUAAAUGCAAAGUGAGACUGCUCAGUUUCUCUAGAGUUUAUAUAAGAGGGAAAUGAACAUGCUAAGUUUGUACCUUUACGUCUCUGUCUGUGUGUCUGUGUGUGUGCGUGUGUGUCUCCGAGCUUUUCUUGGCUCAGGUGUCUUAAUCAUCCCUUCUGCUCAGUCCCUAGUCCCCUGCACCUUCAUCCACAUAAUAGGAUCAGUGCCAUUAGAGACUCCUUCUUCUCUUGAGAGUAUAAUUGAAGUGGCCUAGCACUCAAACACACACACACACACACUCACACACAAACACACACAGAGGUGCUACCUUCAGAGGCAGGGCAGAGAUUAAACCCAUUGUGGGGUUUAAAUCAUUAAUAACUCUGUAUAUAGAUGGCAGACAGCUGGCAGCAGGGCUUAUGUUAACAAUCCACCUGUCUUGCAUCUGUUUUACAUUUAUACGCCUCCAUUAAACCCCAAAUGAUUCAUGUGAGAUGAGUUUAGGGAUUUAAUAACCAUUUUAUUGCAUUGAAAAAUUGAAGUUUGAAACAAUUUUUACAGUAAAAAUCUCCCUAAAAGAGAGACACUUUAGGGACAAAUGACUGAGUGAAUCAAAUCUAUCCCAGAAUCUCAUACCCACAUGCACUCGUCAAUUCUGACACAUUGUGCCGAUUCAAAGCCAGCAAAAGUGGCGAGUGAUUGUGUCUUUGAACACGACCAGACGACGAGGUGGAGGUCAGCUGCUGAUGAGAGGAGGACCCCUGCCGAGCGGGGCGUUCCUGACCUCUGCACGUACACAGACACAUCCCUCGCCCAUCUGUCUCAGAGCGUGACGGGCCCAGGUCAGCAAAAUGAGACAAAAGAAAAAAAGGGUGUGUGAACUUCACCUGGAACAGAAAUGAGACCAAAGCAAAGCUCACGUUUGAGCUCAUGAAAGAGGAAACUGCAGCCAUCAUCACACCUCUGUUGACCCUGUUGCCAAUAAGAGGAAGGGCCUCCUUUCUCACCUGCUGUUCUGUGUGCUGUUUUGUCAUGAACCAUGACAAGUGUAUUCACAGAAAUCUAAAUCUUGAUGUAGUAUAUUUGUGUGUCUGACAUUAUUGGUUAGUGUGUUUGUGCUGCCGUUGGAGUGCUGUGUUUUUACACCUGGCAACAAAUGCCGAACAACAUGUUGAGGUGCAGGGUGUCUAGUCUGCAUUGAAGAUUAGAUGCUAUGGUUUAUUUCUGACCCCAGAGAGUUGAAAAAGAAGUCCAACUUUAAAAUUAACAAUGUGCUGAUGACUGUCAUGCUUCACCCUGACAUCAAGUCACAGUUAAAAAGAGUUGGGACAAAUAAAAAUAUAGUUUCAUUCAAAUUUAAUCUGCUAACCGACCAAGUCAGGCAGGUUCAAGGACUCUCUCUGUCUACUUCUUUUACAUUUUGAUGCCUUUGAAUACUUAGAUAUGUCAUAAUAUACUAAUAAUGAUAUAUGUUUUAUUCAUCUUCAUGUGUCUCUGUUCACUUCAGGUUUCUGGUACAGUCCAGAGUGUGAGUUUGUGCGACACUGCAUAGCCAAGUCCCAAGAGAACGUGGAGGGAAAGGUUCAGCUGUCUGUCUUCAAGGGUCACAUCUACAUCCUGGGACGAGAGUCUCCAAAAUCACUCUAUAACGAAGAGCUGGUCAGGUAAGCAGGAGAGGAAGGGGUUAAAAGCGUGUGAGUGUCUGCAACAGAAGUAGCCAUGUGUUGGUGAAUCACAGUGUGUGCUUGUUCUGACCGGACAGCUGCAUUCAUCUGCUCUGCCCACUGUGGAGUUAUUCCACAAGUGUUCACCAGCCAGCCUGUCGUCAGUCAGAUCUGCUCACCCGAGUCCUCUCAUGAUCGAAAAACUGAACGAACCCUGCCUCACAAAGACAUCAGAGAAGUUUCAAACCCAGUUCCUGGAGGGCAAAGCCUGACCCCAACCCCCCUUCCCACUGCACCCCCCUGUGGCCCUCUUAGCCCUGCUAACAGUGGGUUUGUUCAGGAGGCUGACCCCUGAUGCCCCGUGGGCAGGCUCAGCACUGACCAAAGUAAAACCCCUCCAUAUGCCUCUCCAUCUCCACUUCAGUCACACACACUCCAGUUGUACCCUAAAGUCAGUGAGCUAAUGGUGUUUUCAGCCAGAGGAGAGAGGUGAUCUCGCUGAGCUUUUAAGAGGAGAGUACGUGGGUGUCACGCUAGUUUAGCAGGUCAACAAGGAGGAGAAGUGGGAAGGUUUCUCACACAGAGAGCUUUCAGGAGCAGAAAAAAAAGAAUAAAAUCCCAAUGGUGAUAAUUUUUUUUCUAAUCGGUGAAAGAGAUCAUAGAGAUUGUACAGGACACCAGCUGCACUUGUGUUUUCUGUUGUCCCAGUGUUGUUUUCCAGUAAUAAAAAAAGGCAGAAAUAAGUGCUGAGUCACGAUGACGAUAAAUCAUGACCCAGUUACUCCUCAACCAGCCAGUUGCUAAGAAACUCUUCAGAAGAAAGCUCACGCUCUGAGAUCAACACCUGAUCUUGUCCAGACACAUUUCUUCGACACGUGUGCGACAGAGGUGUUGUGUUGCAGCUUCACAAAAAACCUUGAGGCCACGAACAGAUGGGCACAGUUGUUCCCAGAGAACCGCAUUUAAGAGCAGCCGAAUCUGAAAAAUAAAUCAUUUUUAACAUGUACUCUUUCAUAAAGGAGGUGAAAACAAGUUUAAUCUGUGUUUAAUUCAUUGAAAUUGCUUAUUACUUAAUACAAAAGAUUCUUUGGAUAUAAUAUGAGGAAAUAUAAAUGAUGAGGGAAAAGGAGAAAAAAAUUCAACAGUUUUGGUGUUGUGACAAAAUGUUCAACACCAACAAUUUAUCUCAGCAAUGGUGCGGCUCACCUUUCAGUGCUAGAUAGAAUCUUGUAAAGGGUUUUAUUAGCAGCCAGCAAAUAGUGGUAACAUUAAAAUGGUUUCAGUUUAAACCUCCAACAGAGCCUGACUGGACAGAUAUAACAUGACUAAGGGUAAAUCUAAGGGCAGGUAAAGAGAUAAAGUAACAACAACUUAAAAAAGCAGUGUCGCAGCUUUAGGCAACGUCUAAAAUAGGUAGUUAUAAACAGUUUAAAGCUGCUAUAAGGAGAUUUUUAUGUUUAUGAAAUAGAAUUUAUUGUGAUGCUUUUUCAUGAUAUCCCAAAGGAAACGAGAUCAUCAGCUACAAGACUGGCAAUUUUUUCAUCCUGCUUUUUUGCAUGAAACUGGUACAAGGGAAGUAGAUGUUAGUCGAGCAGCAGAAUAAACUGACCUGUUUUUAUAAUUUCCAGCUGAUACUUAUAAAGCAUUCGAGUUACCUCAGAAGUCAGAUGUCGGAGCUGAAAAUGACGUCACACCUAAGCUACCAGUGUUUCAGUUACCAAGUUGGAAAAAAAGCAAAAUCAGAGGCAGAAACAAGAUGGCUACAUCUACAAAAGUUAUUGUAGCGCUUGCCUUGUCCGAAUAUAAGCAAGGACAAGGCAAGCGCUAAAAUAACUUUCGUAGAUGUAGCCAUCUUGUUUCCACCUCCGAUUUUGCUUUUUUCCGACUUGGUAACUAAAACGCUGAUAGCUCGGGUGUGACGUCAUUUUUAGCUCCGACAUCUGACUUCAGAAGUAACUCAAAUGCAGCAUAAGACUGUCAAAAUUCAUCCUGCUGACUUUUUUGUUAAAACUUAGUACUAAGCAAUCUUGAGGACAAGAUUAGCAAAGACUGUUUUGUCCACAGGGGGCGCCAAAGUUGAGACAAACCAGAAGUUCCUCACAGGAGCUUUAAUAUGAUACGUUUGUACUCUUGAUAAUCUGUCUUUCUCAGAUUGUCCUACCUUUAACAGCGCCGUUGUUCAGAUGCAUACACGUACUGUCUGUCACAGGUAUUCACACUGACGCAUCAGUCUCCCUCGCUCACUCGCACACACAUCUUCGCAAUUACAUGAUGACCCGUCACGAUCGCGCACAUACACACAGAGCAGAUUAGGCAUGAAACCCCCGCUGACAUCCUGUUGGCUCUCCACGGGCCACAGUAAACGGCGUCAUUAACACAGUGGUAUUACAGCCCGUCAGCGCACCCAUCUGAGACAGAAAUGUCACCCUGCUCGCCGUCCACCGGCUCUGUCUCAAUUAGACUGCAGGGUUUCUCGAAGGAAUACACAAAAUAUCACAUGCUAACACACACACACACAUGCAGACGUACUCUUUGAAGCCUCUCGCUCUUAAUGGUGUUCAGGUGCCGGGUAGGGAGCCUUGUAUUGAGAGUUGAUGAUUUAGUUGUCGCUCUUCUUUUUUAUAGUGUUUAUCCUAUCAUUUGUUGGCAAUUUCCUCUUUUGCUAAGUGCUUCUGAAGAAUGAGUGCAAGCUGUAUGUUGGGAGUUGGGGGUGUCAUUCAGAGGAGAGGACUCUGUGAGGGAGUGUAUUAAGCACUGCAGGUAGAAACUGCUGUAAUUACACAGCACACAGAGACACACUUAGAACAGAAGACUCUCUAACAUGCAGCCUAAACAGCAGAAAGGAGUGGCAUAAGUUAACGCCGACUUCUUUUUCUCUUUAGAGAAUGAAACUGGGAGACAGAAACGUCAGAUUACAAAAUCAUCUCAUCACUUAGCUCAGAGCUGAUAUGAUGGGAUUGUUUUAAAAUGGGUUUUGAUCAUCUUUUGUGCACUUGUUUGUUUUCUGUCUGCGAUAUUGAUUCUGUGUUAUUCAGGACAAACGAUGCUAAAGUGGAGCCUUCAGAGGGAAAUCGAUGGGAACAAUAUCUCAAAAAAGCACAUUGUCAAUGAGCCAGUUAUCUCAGUAGUUGACGAGGUUCCACGUCUCUUAUGUUGCCGCAACAAUACAGAAUAUACCAAUCAUUGUUUGUAACUAGACCAUCAUCUUUUCCUUAGGUUCUUUCUUUAUUCUCUCAGCCGUUUUCCUCAAACACCUGAAAAUUUGAGGAUCAAUCUCACAUAACUGCCGCUCCCUCGCUUUUUAGUUCCUUAUUUUCACAUUAUAUACAGAUACAAAUGCAAUCUCCUCUCAUCAAACCAAGAUACAGAACCUUUACAUCAUUAGGAGUUUAGAAGUUAAACAUGUUUUCACCAAGAAUUUUUAAAUUUAGUGUAAAUCAAAGAUAUAUUGGGUGUCAUAUGUGGGUUUUUUUGUAUUUCUUUUCACUUUAGCAUGGAUGUGCAGGGAGACUAUGACCCCUGUGAUGCCUCUGGAUUCAUCAGGAUUAACGCUGUCAGGUAAGCACCCUUCAAACUUUGAUUUUCCUAAAAGUGAACCAUUCUCGUACCUGUGAUUUUAAAUCUCAUUGCUUUCCUUAUGUUUCCUCCACAGGUUAAGGGAACACAACCGUUUGCAGGGUUUUUCCAACUCUAAUUAAUAACAGUGUCAGCUGUGUGUGUGAAACAUCUUCCCUAGACGUUUGUAGUUUUAGACUUUGUGCCUCCGUUGUCUACCUUUUGCCUUAUGGUCUUCUCUUAUUUAUAAAAGCACAAUGGUGAACACACUACCAGCCACAUUGGGCUCUUCUUGUGUGACUGACGUUUCAUCGAUGCUGAAAAGUAGAGGAGGAAAAAUCUAAAUGUUACUAACAUGUACAUCGUUCAAAUCAGGUGUAAAUGUGUUUGAUUAAUAUCUUACAGAGAAGCACAUCCAAAAUAUGUGUUUUAACUUCUACAUUUUGUGUCAUUUCUAGCAUCAGAAAGCUGAUCACAAACAUUAAAAAUAAGUUUGUUUCAGAAAUAA